UUCAGCCCUAAAUUAAAUUUAUUUAGGGAAUUCAGAUUAAUCAGCCUCAAAAUUGAUAACAAAGAUACAAGAAACCUAAAAAAACUAUUGGCAUCAUCCUUCAUAAUUCUGUAUCCACCAAAUAAAGCAUUUUCAGAAAACUAAAAUAAAAACCAAAAAGAAGUCACAAUGCGCAUUUUCGCUUCUCAACUUCUUCUCCCCCACCCACCUUACCAUGCCCCGUCGGAAAAAUUCGGAGGCUAAUAGAUCAACAUCCGCAGCUUUUCGACACCCUAAAACCGACCCGAAUCGUUAUCGGGGCGUCCGUAAACGGCAGUGGGGCCGGUUCGCAGCCGAGAUAAGAGACCCGAUAAAAAAAGCUCGGGUCUGGCUUGGCACCUUUGACACGGCGGAGGAUGCUGCACGUGCUUACGACGAUGCCGCACGCGCCUUCCAUGGACCGAAAGCGAAAACCAAUUUUUCAUUUUUGCCUCCGUAUGGGCAGAACCAGUUUGAAAAUUUUAACCGGCCGGCUUCCAGUAGCCUGAGCAGUACGGUGGAGUCAUCCAGCGGGGCGCGUGAUUUGCACUCGCGGGUUGAAAUUACUCGCCGGAUUACUCCGCCGGUGGUGGAGUGUUACAGUGGUUGCGAUUCGUCAUCGACUGUGGUGGAUGAUAAUAUGGACGGCAAUUCGUCGUCGUUUUGUAAACAGCCUCUGCCGUUUGAUUUGAACUUGCUCCCUCCGUCUGAUGACCUGGAUGAUGUUCACGUUACCCCUUGUAUUUUUAGUUAUGUUAAUUAAUUUGAUUAUGAUGAAAAGAAAAAUAACUCUUUUUUCUAUGUUACUUGGGAAAAAUGUAUCCAUUUGGUGGAUGUUGAGAAAUUAAUAACCAAAUGGGUUUUAAAUUAUGCAUAGAUUAGUUUACCGAGUCAUGAUGUUAUCUAAAUCAGAAAAGAAUGUAUCUUUGCUAUAGAACGUUGAAUCUGAUGUUGAGUUAUUCUUUUCUUAAUUUAUGUGAUUUACCUUUUUUUUUGUAUAAUGGAAAAAUGAAUUGGUAAUGGAAGUUCUUCCUUAUGAUACUGAAUUUUUUUUUCCUUUGUGCGUUUUUCCUGACAAAAUGGGUCUGAUGGGUGUGAACUAACUUGGAUGGAGGUGUAGUUGACUGAUUGAUUGCUUCUCUUUUUUGAGAAAUAUUCUUGUAGUAUUAUGACUUCGUGCAGGAUAAUCGGAUAAGCACGAGUUGGCAGCAUUAGUGAUAAAUGAGGAGGAUAUAUGCUGCCGAGAAAGAAGAUAGAAGGAGUGGAGGUAUCUCAAAGAUUUAGCAGCCAAAAUGACUCGGCUCCAGCUGUUUGAAAGUAAUGGAUGGCUCCUGACUGAUUCUCAGUUUGUAAAAACCCAACCCCAGCAUUUGCAAGAUAGGAGGGAUGGCAAUGGGGCGGUGCGGAUUUAGACACAUGCGGGGCGCCAGGGCGGUGAUGGUUUAGACACAUGCAGGCGCGGUGCGGGUCGAAAAAAAAAAAAAACUUUGUGCGGGUGCAGGAACUGUGUGCUAUUCGACUAUGGCUUUUUCCGAAGAUGAAAGUGAAAUCGUGCCUGAUGAAGCCUUGUUCCACUGUUGAAAAACCUGCAAUUCCCAUUCAACAUAGAUAGUUAGCUUCCUGUUGGGAUAUGUUCAGAUAUGGUCCAUUUUUCUAGGCCGGCUCUCUCUCAAGCAGAUGGGAUUGUGCUUUGUGAUCGUCUAACCAAUGCCAUGUCUGAUCUGAGAACAUCAUGUGUGAAUGCGGGAUGCUGUGUACCGGGGUGUCCUUUUAUUCUACACAUCAUCAUGUGUUCAUUUAGUUGCAAGCAGAUGUGUAAUUCUACACAUCUUUACAUGUUCAUUUCUAGGCCCCAUGCAUUAGUGGAUUAUGGGCUUGUUUGAUACAUUGGUGGAAUAAACAAGGAUAUCCCAAGAGUUGGGAUAUUUCAGCGGAUUAGUUAUCCUACCUUUUAUAUGGGAUAGCUAAUUUCACCAUUUUGGUAUAAAAUUUGUUCCAGUAUUAGCUAAUAUCUAUAACCAAACAUGGAAUAAGUAUAAUCUCAAAUUCUACUCCGGGAUUAUCUUUCUCCGUGGACCAAACAACCCCAAAGUUUGGAUGUUGUGGGUUCCAAGUAUAUCUGAUUCAAUCUAUAUUUGUUAUUUGUGCAUUUUGAACUGUUAUCCUACUUAAAAGUAACAAUUCUGUUUCUAGGCA